AAGCAACUCGGUACAAUCGCUGUAUCUGUACCGACCUAUUUCACCGUUGUACAUGGUUACAGCUUGUCAAUUUCAACUGCUCGCAGCGCCAUAGACGGGUAGUGGUGGCACCAUGAACAAGUUUUGUCAACACCGAAUCAAAACACCGCAGUGUUAAAUAUUCAGUUAGAGACGAAUGAACUCCCAGAGUUUAAAGUCUCUUAAAUCCAACACCAAUUCCAAUUCCUAUUCAGUUCGUGAGGAAAAAAACUAUAAACUAUAUAUACCUGUGGCCAAGAGUAGUUGAACAACGGUAAUGGAGCUAGCAAAGAAAAGGAAGGCUACGAUGCUCGACAAAUCGGGGAUGCUGGUCGUCAUUGAAGUGUGGAAGGACAAUAUUCUGUCCCUUCGGAGCACUUCCAAGAAUUCCCACAUCUACAAGCAAAUGUGUGAGGAGCUGAAAGGCCACGGCGUUAUACUUACGGCGGUCGAAUUGAAAAACCGGAUCAAUAAUCUCUCUCGGAAGUACAGCACUCGCGAUUUGAUGGAUGAGGUGAUUGGUUCCGAUGAUGACUACUGCGAUGCUGAGUAUUUAGAUGAAGCGUACAACCCGGAGAACGACACAUUCGCUCAAUCUAUGUUUAUGUCACCUUCUGCGCCGACAUCAUCAGUAUCAUCGCCAUCACCAACACUGCCAUCAUCAAGCCGCAGGCAUUCCGCUCCUAAAGAGAAAAAAAAAUAUUUCAAUGACCAGUUCACCCGUAGUUGUUCUUCCUACACCGAAUAG